UCUGGCAACCCCACCAGCGAGUGAGCACUGUGUGACACUGUGGCGCACGUUGCGCUGCACCAUGCGCUGCCGGGAUGCUGGGACGGAAGAGAGAAGACCUAGCCUCGAAGGGUGGCACCAAGAAGCGGAAGAAGUGGCAGGAAGAGUCCGACGAGGACGAUGAGCCUGAAGCGGCCUCCGUGACAGUAGAGGAGAUGGAAGAGUGGAAGGCAAAGAUGGCAGAAGAAGAGAAGCAAGAAGAGCGUGAGCGAGAAAAACUUGAACGCGAAGCACGAAAGGAGGCCGAGCGGCAAGAGCGAGAACGCCAGAAGCGCAUGGAGGAGGAAGAGCGGGAAAGGAGGGAGCUUGAAGAGCAACUUGAGCGUGAGGAACGGGAGCGGCAAAACGCCCGGCGAGAAGCAGCGGAGAAAGCUGCGCAAGAGAUGAAGAGGGCGUGGGAUCAGCCACCAGCGGAGGCUUCUCCCUCGCCGGUGCGUGUCCCGCGGGUGGUGGCGCCCGUACCACCCGUGCCCGUGGUGGUCACACCACCUGCACCUGUGAUGACUCCCUUGAUGCAGGCUCAAGCUGCGGGUGCCAACAUUGCCGCAGCGCUGAUGGCCUCACAUCCUGCACCAGGAGGUGAGGAGAGCGAUGUGACCAUCCAUGUCCAGGUUCCAGCGCAGCGUGUCAAAGAUCUCCUGGGCGUUCAGGGAAGGAGCUGUUGGUUGGGGGGCUGGCAGGGCCUGUUGACUCAUAGGAGUCAUAGAGCAAUCUUACCAGUCUUGAAAAGAGCUUCCCUUCGACAUCGCCCAUCUUUCCUUUCGGUUGGAACCACACAGGUGCGCUUGGAAGCUUCGAGGAACAUCAAGGCCAUCAAAUCCCAGACGGGCGUUCUGAAGGUGGGUGUCUUGGACCGCAACGACCCCGCCAACGUGGAGAUCGUGGGCACCGCUAAAGCCGUGGAGCACUGUCGCUCCCUGGUGAAGUCAGUGGUUGAAGGGGACCUCACAGCCAUCGGCAACAUCUCUGAGAUGAUGGAUAUUGAUGCGCGCCUGGUCUCUAGACUCAUUGGGCCAAAAGGUCAGCACAUCUCUAGCAUGAAGGAUCAGAGCGGCGCCUAUCUGGCCGUGAAGGAAGUAUCUCCGGGUGUCAACAAGGUGGUGAUCACUGGAUUCCCCGACUGUGUCGCCAGAGGCCGCGAGCUGGUCGUGAACUUUCUGAACCAGGACCACUCGAUGCCCAUGCCAGGUCCUCAUGCAUUCCCACCUCACAUGCCACCAAAUGGGAUGCACCCUUGUGGCUGUGGGCACCAGGCUGAAGAUGGGAUGCUUGGCCGACCGCCAGCCCCAGUACCGAAUUCGGCCGGCUGGGGUCCAGGCAAGGGCUUCGCCAAGGGCCCAAAUGCGUCUCAAGGUUGGCAAAACGAGUGGCCUGAAGGUCAGUGGCAAGGAGAUUGGCCCUCACCCGCAUGGCCUGAUCAAGCCUGGGGUAAAGGCAAAGGCAACUGGACCCCAAUGGGUAACCCGAGCGACUUCGGCAAAGGAGCCGUGCCAGAGCGUCCGGAGCAACGAUGUGACUGGAACAAUGAGGCUGGCUACGAUGGAUGGGCCGCUGGUGGAGAUGCUGGCGCAAAUGUGCCAAGCCCGCCAACGCAAGCCCCGAUGAUGCAAGCCCCGGCGAUGCAAGCCCCAACCCUUGGAGGCUUUGCAGGGGCCUCCCGAGCAUGCGGCGUCGCUGAUGCCUCUUGGGAUGAGCAUCAACAAGGUUGGUCGCAAGAGUGGGAUCCUUCUUGGCAGCAAAGGUGGCAGGGCUGUGGUUCAUUUGGUGGCUGUCCUUGCCAAGGAUCGCCUCAGAACGGACCGGGCCAGGCCUGGGCUGCUUGAGCGCCUCGGUGAGCGCAGCAGCGGUGCUUCUGCUUCGCUACAGCUGAUUGCAGCUGUGCCUGGCGGGGAAAAAGAAGUCUCUGUGUGGAGCAUG